CUUUAAAAACAUUUCUAUGUACAUAGUAAUCAAUGUACGUAUCCAUAGUAAUGUAUAAAACCGAGAUAAUUUAGAUUAAAAAUCGUGUAUUCUUUAUUAUAUUUGUAAUGAAAUAAGAUAGAUAAAAAAAAGUCAAUUAUAAUGUUUAGUAUUAUUUUUAUUCUGCUACUAACUAGAUUUUAUAGCACAUAUUGUGAAGACAUUGAUACCAAUGGAUAUAUUGUUUACUGUCCUUGUAUGGGACGAUUUGGAAAUCAAGCAGAUCACUUUUUAGGUGCUUUGGGAUUUGCAAAAGCACUAAAUCGUACUUUAAUUAUACCACCAUGGGUUGAAUAUAGAACCGGAGAAGCUAGAUCUAUACAAGUCCCGUUUGAUAAAUACUUUAAUGUUUCGAAAAUUCAAAGCUAUCAUAAAGCAUUAUUAAUGGAGGAUUUUAUGCAAGACGUUGCACCAAAAGUAUGGCAACCUAAGGAAAGAAUAUAUGGAAAUCCAUUUGGCCCAUUUUGGGAUACGUAUAACAUAGAUUUUGUAAAAUCAGAAUUUUAUGGUCCUCUUCACUAUGAUGUUUAUCAUACAGAUAUGGAAAUGCAAUGGAAGAGACAGUAUCUUGCGUUACAUUGGCCAGUGUUAGCAUUUACAGGUGCCCCUGCUAGUUUUCCUGUACAAUUGGAAAAUAAAAAGUUACACAAAUAUGUCGAGUGGAAUACAGACAUGUUUAACAAAGCAGCAACAUUUAUAAAACAAAAAUUACCAAGAGGAGCAUUUGUAGGAAUUCAUUUACGCAAUGGAAUUGAUUGGGUUCGUGCUUGUGAAUUUAUAUCGAGCACACCAAAUCUUUUCGCUGCUCCACAAUGCCUUGGAUAUCGGAACGAACGUGGGAAAGCAACUUCUGCUAUGUGUUUACCAUCUUUUAAUUUGAUAGUACGUCAUCUAAAGCGAGUUAUUCGCAAUGGUAAUGACAUCAAAUCGGUAUUCGUAGCAUCUGACAAUAACUAUAUGAUCAAAGAACUUACUAAAGCCUUAGCACGAAUGGAAAUUCCAGUUUUUAAACAGGAUUCACCUGCAUCACCUCAUUUGGAUUUAGCUAUUCUUGGAAGAGCAAAUUAUUUCGUAGGAAAUUGUAUAUCUUCUUUCUCAGCUUUUGUGGCAAGAGAAAGAGAAAUCAAAGGAUAUCCCACAUUAUUUUGGGGCUUCCCGUCAGAGAGGUCAUCGUCUUCAAUUACACACGAAGAAUUGUAACGACAUGAUCGUUUGAUUAUGCUCGUCUCUUUCUAUCUAUACAUAAUGAAACACUAGAUGUAUUUAAAUUAUUACAAUUCAUUUAAAUUAUUCUAAAACUUUGCAUAAUCUAGUUUUCAUACAUUUUAUUAUACUUUACAAGAAAAGCAUCGUAUAAAAUUAAAAUUUUUUGCGUUUCAUUAAAGUUAAAUCUUUCUAAUAUUCUAUUCAUAAAUCUCUUCUGUUCAAAAAUUAGACGUCAAUUUUUAUUUUACAAUUUCAUAAUUUAUUAAUUUUUAUGGGAUCUUUUGAAAGAUCAUCCAAAAAAUCAUUAUGUAGGCAGAUUCCUCGGGCUUUCUACAAGCAGGUUCAAUAAACGUAUAAACGUAAUGUGAAGGACGCAUAUCGUUAGUCUCUGGGGUAGUACCGUUAAGCCUUUAAAGUAAUUACGAAAAUUACUUUAUGGAAUUUCAAUCACUUUAUUAUUAUUAUUUUUUUUUAA